AUGCCUAAAUCGAAGAAUGAAUCUAUCGAAUCUCGCAUCCAAUUGGCCAUUCUUGAAUUAGAGAAUGUUGAUAAGCCUAAUAUUAAAGCGUGGGCGCGCGGUAAAAACCUGUCGUACCAGCGGCUUCUUGCGCGUUACAAGGGUCGCCUAUCGCUCUCUGAAUGGCCACCUAACGGUCGUAAAUAG